ACAAAUGUCCAGAUGUUCUCGUUAUUUUUCACAUCAAUUUUAUCGACCAUUGCCUGUCAAGAUAACCCUCGAGUAAACACCCCUUUAGGAGAAAUGGAAGGUAUAGUGAAAAUCGUCAGAAAUGAAAAUGUUUACCAGUUCAGGAAUAUACCGUAUGCUAAAUCACCAACAGGAAACCUAAGAUUCGCCAAGCCGAUCCCUCAUGGUCCCUGGUCUGGGGUACUCAAUGCCACUAGAUUCGGACCUUCGUGUUUGCAGUUUCCAUAUAGAAAUGCUAUCUACAACAAGUACAAACCUAAUCUAGAAAUGUCAGAGGACUGUUUGUCGUUAAACGUGUAUGUCGCAAGGAACAUUUCUGUGACCGCUAAUCGGUCCGUCAUGGUUUGGAUACACGGAGGUAGUUAUUAUAUAGGACAGGGAUCCUUAUAUGACGGUUCUUACCUUGCCCUCACGGGAGAUGUAGUUGUUGUAACGCUCAACUACCGGCUAGGGGCCUUCGGUUUCAUGGCAUCUCCGAAACACGGGAUUUAUGGAAACUACGGUCUAUGGGACCAACGUCUGGCUUUAAAAUGGGUACAGUCGAACAUUGAAUAUUUUGGCGGGAAUCCUAAAUCUGUAACAAUAUUCGGACAAUCGGCUGGCGGCUUCUCCGUUUCGCUGCAUGCAAUAUUGCCUGUAAAUGAAGGCAUGUUUCAUCGCGUUAUCUCUGAAAGUGGCAGCCCAGAAGGUUCGUUUACAAUAUGGAAAAGUGCAGCGUACACGUCAGAGGCACUUAUAAAGUUAUCACAUUGUGAUAUAAGUAAUUCUACACUUAUAUGCAUGCAGAAUAGAUCGGCUUCAGGUAUAGUGAGCGAUCAUCACUUUCUUGUUUCACCUCGUUUCCUAAAUACAUACUUCCAACUCCCUUCCGGGCCCGUAGUCGACAAUGACUUGAUUCAUAUGGAUCCAACCAGUAUGCUUAUGAACAAGACUUCUCUUAAUUAUCAAUUUUUCCGGUCUCUUGACUUUAUGACCGGCAAUGUGGAUACGGAGGGCUCCAUUUCUAUAAAUAUCGUGCAGACAUACAUUGCAAUGUAUGACGAUAUAUACAUUGGGAUGUCACGUGACACGUUUUGUAAAUAUUACUUACCCGGAUUAACAAAGUUUUAUUUCGGGGAAAUGAACAUUUCAGUAGCAUCUGAUUUUUUAUGUUCCCUUUACGGAAGCUCCAAUCCACCUGAGCAGGCGCUAAACGCCAUGCAUACUUACGCUGAUGCCAAUUUCCUAGCUCCUGCUGUGAGGAGUCUGGUGGAGCAUUCGGAGGAUAAUUAUUUUACGAAUUCAUUUCAGUAUCUCUUUCGUCGUCCAGAUAUUGACCCCGCCAUCAGACAUUUGUAUGAACACUUUACAAAUGGGUCAACACACGGAGCAGAAACAGCUUACCUCUUUGGACUAGAAGAUUACCAAGAGCUGUAUAACAUAUCGGUUAUGCCUGCUGACAUUAGCUUGUCAAAAACAAUGCUGAAAUAUUGGACCAAUUUUGCAAAAACAGGAAACCCCAGCGCCGAUGACGUACCCAGAUGGGAUAACUAUGACGUAACAAGACAGAACUACGUUAAUCUGGAUAUCAACAUCACACAAGGCCAACACCUGUACGAAUCUAGGGUCGACAUUUGGCUUAAAAAACUUCCAAAAUUUCUUCAAGGUCGCAUUCCCGGUAUCAUUGUUGGAUAAUACCCCCCCCCCCCCCCCCC